AUGGUCGAAGCCAGGAAAUGCCUGGGUGAAGACUGCCACAAUAAUGCCGGCGAUUUGCAGUGUCCAACCUGCCUCAAGCGCGGCAUAAAAGACAGCUAUUUCUGCUCCCAGGACUGCUUCAAGAGGAAUUGGCCUCAACACAAGACUAUCCACAACGUCGCCAAUGGCACGGUGCAGGAUGGUGUCGGACCAUACAAUCCUUUCCCCUCAUUUUCCUUCCCGGGGACGAUCCGGCCGGUCUAUCCGCUGUCGCCGAUGCGCACUGUCCCCAAGACGAUAAGACACCCGGACUGGGCAGUAACUGGCAUUCCAAAGGGCGAACUGCGCUUGAGCAGGACAAAGAUCGACAUCCUAGACGCCAAGGGCCAGGAGGGAAUGCGCAAGGUGUGCAGGUUCGCGCGAGAAGUACUAGAUAUGACGGCGGCAGAGCUGAGACCGGGGAUCACGACGGAUUAUCUGGACGAGGUCUGCCACAAGGCCUGUGUGGAGAGGGACUCAUAUCCAUCUCCCUUGAACUACAACCAUUUCCCCAAGUCGCUGUGCACUUCCCCGAAUGAGGUGAUCUGCCAUGGAAUACCAGACCAGCGAAUCCUUCUCGAUGGCGAUAUAAUCAACCUCGAUAUCUCAUUGUAUCAUGGCGGCUACCACGCUGAUGUCAACGAAACAUACUACGUCGGCGACCGAGCCAAGGCAGAUCCCGAAACAGUUCGGGUAGUUGAAACAACACGAGAAUGUCUGGACAAGGCGAUUGAACUUGUCAAACCUGGAACACCGAUACGGGAGUUUGGUCGCGUGAUCGAGAAGCAUGCAAAGUCCAGGAACUGCAGUGUUGUCGCGACCUGGGGUGGCCAUGGUAUCAAUACUGAGUUCCACCCUCCGCCCUGGAUUCCCCAUUACGCGAGGAAUAAGGCUGUCGGGGUGUGUAAACCGGGGAUGACCUUUACGCUCGAGCCUAUACUUACGCUGGGGAGGCCGCGGGAGGUCUAUUGGCCGGAUAACUGGACAAAUGUGACGGUUGAUGGGAAACGGGCUGCUCAAUUUGAACACACCCUGCUUGUCACAGAAACUGGCGUCGAGAUUUUGACUGCGGCAAAUGAAAACUCACCAGGCGGCCCUGUACCGAUGCCGACCACGACUGGGACGGAAAACUAA